GAGGAGGAAGCCAUCUUAGUGGAAUGGCUGGAGAAGGAGGAGGAUGCCGCCCGCUGGCGGCCGCACGCGCCGGAAGAGACGAGAGUGCGGGAUGGGGAAAAGUCGCGGGUGGCCGGUAUCGUGCGGCAGCGGCUGGUGGAGCGGUGUGGAGCACACAAUGCGCACCGGCGACUCUUUAAUGUCAGGAAGAAAGCGGCGCAUCUGCUGACGGACUGGCAGACGGCUAAUGCGUAUAUGCAGAGCGUUGGGAAGCCGGCGAUGACGCUGACGGAUGCGUGGAAACUGAAGCGCCUGGUGGCGGAGGGAGACAUACGACCUGUCGUGGACCAUUAUCUCACUCCUGUGCCAGACGACAUUCAAGCGGGUCAAUCGUCGGAAACGAAUCAACCGACUGGCCAGGAUGAUCUCCAACAAAUUCUCACGUUCUUCUCCCGAAAAGCGCUGCACCACCGCAUCUGGCCGCCGGUCGACUCGAAAAUCGAAGUCACCGUGUGUGAAUGUCGGGACGGGUGCGGAGCGCAGUUCACACUGAAAUUGGCGCGCGAUCUGCACGGGCUACGGCAUCGGACCGGACCCUGGACGACCAGCGCGUUUAAUCCGUUGUGUCCCGUGUGUGAUUUUGCACCGACCAACUGGACGGCGCUGUUCGAUCAUCUGGAUGAGCAGCAUCAGUUCUUUGACUUUGCGGCCGACUCCCAGAAUCUAUCAAAACUGAAACUGCGUCGCGAGUUAAAAAAGAAGCAGGAGAAGAAGGUCAAGAAGACCAAGAAGAGAUGUAAAAAUUUCCCCGUCUGCGAGCACUGCGGUAUGGAGUUCAUUCAUAAGGAGGUACGCAGCAUCCAUUACCUGAGACAUGGUACAACGCUGCCGGACGAUGCCGGGGAAAUACGCCAGUGCCCUGCGUGCACCUUCUACGCGGACAGUGUGCCGGCAUUAAUUGCGCACGUGGACGAGCGGCACACGCGGAAGGAUCUGCACACGUGCGCGCGCUGCCAACAGUCGUUCAUUUCCUACCGGCGUUUGGAGCGCCACAUCCAGCGCAGUCAUCUGUGGUCGGACGCCGAGAAGCCGUACGAGUGUCCGACAUGCCACAAGAAAUUCUCCGUCAACAGCGCUUUCACCCGCCAUCUCAACACCCAUCUGGACGGUGAUCCCAUCAGUUGUCCCUUAUGCGCCAACGCGAAAUUCCGUCAGACCGCGCAACUGUACGACCACAUGCGGCAAGCCCACUUCGUCAACGGUCAGCUGGUGUGUUCGCACUGUGAUAAACGUUUCCCCGCCGUCUGCAAAGAACACUUCCGCAAUUUCCGCGCACAUGUCCGCAGACACGUGGCCACUGAGGAGUACCCGUGCAAUAUUUGCGGCAAAAUCUUCAAACGCUCCAGCGCCCGCUCCAGGCACGUGGAGGGGGCGCACAGCUUGAGCCGGCCUCACGUGUGUCACUGCGGAAAAUCCUACGACACGCGAGGGCAUCUCGCUCAGCACCUACGCGUGGUGCACCGGAAGGACAAGGUGGAUGGGCAAAAGAGCGUCACAGGUGGCAAGAGUGUCGCGCAGAGUAAAGACUAUGUCCCUCCGCAGAAAACGAAGCACUACACCGAGUUCCCGUUUCAGUGCGAGGAGUGUCAGCAGGGAUUCGUCCGCCGCGGCAUGUUCGCCUACCAUCUGACCGUCCGCCACCCGGGGCGGUCGCUGGACGCCGAGCCGCAGCUGAUGCUCUCCAGCACCGCCGUGCAUCAAAAUCCGUAAAAGCCGUGGUCGGACGGCGUGUCGGUGUUCUAGUACAGGCCAUAUUCUAAUUUUUUGUUCGAACGUACUGUUGUGAGUGUGGUUGUGUAUGCAGUGUGCUUGAUGUACUACCGUUGCAUACUGAUUUUUAAUCUGAAUGGAUGUAUGUGAACGCACGGAGCCGAAGCAUUCUCACUUUCUGUUUAAGGCUGUGUAAAAACUCACUCUGACUUGUGAGUCAAAAAUACGGAACUUAUGAUGUCUUCUGUCACA